GAGAUUUUAACAUACAUCACUCUGAUUGGCUGCAGUCUCUCUCUUUUUACCCUGGUCAUCACUGUUUUGCUCUUCAUCACAAAUAGAAAAGUCAGAGAAGAUGUUUCUAUGAGGGUCCACAUCAACCUUGUGAUUGCACUGAUCCUCCUCAACCUGCACUUCCUGCCCAGUCAAGCAGUGGCAGCAGUGUCCUCCUCUGGGCUCUGUUUAUACAUGGCUCUUGCCCUUCACUACUCUCUGCUGGCCACUUUUAUCUGGAUGGCUUUGGAGGGAUUCCACCUCUACCUUCUCUUAGUCAAAGUCUUCAACAUCUACAUCAAGAGAUAUCUGCUCAAACUCAGUGUGGUGGGAUGGGGUGUUCCUGCAGUCAUUGUUUCAGUGGUGGUGAUCAUUGACAGAGGCAUUUAUGGCCAUGUCCCUCUGGACAACUCCAACAAAACUGCAAUGUAA